AUCCUGGUAAUGUGAAAGCAUAACUUUGGACCUCCUAGAGGAUUUUUCCUCUCAUCUUACCAACUGCAGGAGGUUUCUCGUCUCCCUCCAAUUUAAUCCACAUUGUCACACAAAGCUGAGUCCUGUGGGUUUUUUUUUUUUUUUUUUUUUUUACUCGCUAUAGUUGGGGGCGCGCGUGAGAGUAUUUGUCAAAAGCGCGCCCGACGGUUUGACAGCGAGGCGCGUGAGCACUGGAGCGCUUUGCCACCGGUUUCGCCGCUUCGACAUUUUACAACCCCUUCGCCUACCCCUCUCCUAGUCCUUGUCCUCGGAUCACGAGAGAGCAAGAGGGAAACGACAGUGCGUAAAGGCAACAGACCCAAUCGGAGGCAGUGUGAAAUGAACGAUUUGUGCUCCUGGAUACCGUAGCCUACAUGCAGAGAGAGAGAAAGAGAGCUGCUUUGCAGAACAGUGAAUAAUUGGUUAAUUAGCUGUUAGUAGCGUUGUUUGUGUAAAGCCGAAGAACUGAUAACAGCGAGGACAAGAAAGGCACGUCCUUAACGAGCUCGCUUCAAUUGGCCGCGGAGCUACCUCGCACCGAAUCCGGACAGGAGAGACAUCAGACAGGCAGAAGAUGGAGGGGAUGGCAUACGGAGCGGGGAAGGCAGGAGGAGCCUUCGACCCUAUCACAUUCGUCCAGCAGCCUCACACAAUUCUCCGAAUAGUGUCUUGGCUCUUUGCCAUCGUCAUCUUCGGCAGCAUCGCCAACGAGGGCUACGUGAACCGUCCCGACGAGGUGGAGGAGCACUGCAUCUUCAACCGCAACCAGAACGCCUGCAACUACGCCGUGAGCAUGGGCACCAUGGCCUUCGUCUCCUGCCUGGCCUUCCUGGCGCUCGACAUCUACUUCCCCCAGAUCAGCAGCGUGAAGGACCGCAAGAAGGCCGUGCUGGCAGACGUCGGCGUCUCUGCCUUCUGGUCGUUCAUGUGGUUCGUAGGCUUCUGUCUGAUGGCCAACCAAUGGCAGGUGGCCAAGCUGGAGGACAACCCCCUGCGUGAGGGAGGGGACGCCGCCCGUGCCGCCAUCACCUUCUCCUUCUUCUCCAUCUUCACCUGGGCGGCGCUGUCCUUCCUGGCCUACAAGCGCUACCUGUUGGGCGCCGACUCGGCCCUCUUCUCCACCGAGUACACCGACCCCAGCCAGGACGCGGCCGCCGCGCCCUACAGCGCCUUCUCCGCCGGAGAUGACCUGGCCAGCCCCGACGCCACCGCCACCGGCUCCUACCAGCAGGCCAACAGCGCCGACGCCUUCGACGGCUCAGCCGGCUACCAGCGCCAGGACUACUAAGCUCCGGUGCCAGUAGGGGUGUGUGUGUGUGUGUGUGUGGGGGACAGAGGAGGGGGGGGGGGGGGCAGGAGCCCAACUUCAGCACCAACAUCUUUAUACUGGGUUUGGUUUGUUCAGUGUGGUCUGUCAAUAUGGCUGUGCAUAUCCUACAUGAUGGUUUGAACCUUACGCGGCAGGUUUUUUUUCUUUCUUCUUCUUCUAUGUGCUGGUCGAAUCACUUGGCUCAUAAAUGCUAAGCCCCCCUAAUCUAAUCAAAACCCUUUACAGAAGAUGAGCUCAGUGGGACAGUGCAGCUAGACUUGGUAGUUUGAGGCUGCAUGUACAGUAGCAUCAGAUGUGACCAUAGCAGUUUCCCCUUAGCCCUGAGGGGCACCUGUGCUUGGGUUAUGUGGCACUGGUGUCGAGUGGGGGAUAGAAGUGGUCAUCUUGCACAUACACGCACACAGACACACAGACACACACACACACACACACACACACACACACAUACACACAAAAAAAAAAAAAACAUUAUCAUAACAUUGUGUGUUUGUCUGUGUGUAUGUGUGUGUGAAUGUGCUCUGUUUUGUGUAGUCUAAUUAAGGACCCCUUGAUUAUUUUACCUUGAGCUUUUGCCUUGACCAUCUCAUCUGCCCCGGUCUAGCAACACAGUUUAGAUGGACACACACUCUGACCCACAUUCCACCAUUCACACACACACACACACACGCACACACACACAGGCUCAGUCAUGACAUGGUAGAGUUAGCCAAAACAAAUGUAAUAUUAGCUACAGGACUGCCAUGUUUUGGAGAUUGUGCGUUUAUGAAGUGGUGCAUUGUAUGGCUAUUCAGAUUAGCUAUACAUAGUGUCACAUCAAAGAAAAGGUGUCUGAUUUCUACGGUUCCAUCAUCAUGCACAUGAAUGAAAUGUUUUUCCCAUUUUACAACUGAAUGUCAGCUCAAUGUUAGUGGUGGCCAAACAUCAUUAGGUAGUAUGUUAUUAUUAUUCUUGGCUCUGUUGUGUGUGUGUAUGUGUGUGUGUGUGUACAGUAUGUGUGUUUGUGUGUGAGAGUUGGGAUGACCUGACUGCCAAUUGCUUCUCACCACCAUGGGCCUUGAAUGCUGACUGCCAAUCCUUAUACCACCACACACCCACCCUUGGCCAGGCCUUUAACCACGGGACUCUCAUACAGUUGGGAGUCCUGUGUCAAAUCACCACCACCACCCCAACACAACACAACCCAAACCCAACAAACUGGUGCUUGUGGGAGAAAAAGCUCAAAUGCUAAUACUGGAUUCUUACAAUUAGCGACGUAUUUUUGAAGGACACAAAAAUUACAAUUCUGUAAAUAUGUACAUUAAAACACACAUAACUGCCUCCAACAUCCUAAUACAUUUCAAAUGAAUACAUAUUUUUUAAAAUUAGUUUUGUUUUCCUUCGGUUGUGCAGCAAAUGAUCUCAAAGUCAGAUGUGUGUUUUAGAUGAGCAAUGUCACUGAUUUGCCUCAGCUACAAUCCCAUAAUAACCUGAAAGCAAACUUUCUCAGUUCUUUGUCGUUAAGCGUGUCUGUGUAACUCAACAGUGUGUGCACAUAAAUAUACAUAUAUGCUGUUUAUACAGAUUCUUGAAUUUUAUGUAUAUGAAGUCAACUCCAAAAUGAUUGAGCAUUUGAUCAUAAUGAGCAAAAAAGUAGUUAAGGACUUUGAGACAGGCAAUGUAAUAGCCUACUGCAUGUUUUCAAGAUGAAUGUUUCUAACAUAGGUCAUUAAGGCCUAAAUAAAGAGCAGAGCUCUGUGUUAGUAGACAAUUUGAAACUACAGUGGAAUGAGACAAAGACUCACCAGGAGGUGUCACUAAAUUACAAUUUGUGAAAAUAAAAUGAGGAUUCAUUGAAUUAAUUAUCUUGUGUCGAGACGCAUGGGUUAAGCCAAUCCUUCAGGAGAUGACUGCAUACGUGAGGCUGUACCAAUCUCAGUGCUUGGAAAAAAAUCUAAAAAAAUUGGGGCAUUACAGUAGUUCUGUACAAACAUGUCUAAAUCUGUAUGGUGCACAUCGUGUUGACUAUCCGACCCAGUCUUUCCCUUUGACUUGGGCUAUAAGUCUUGUAUUUUGGGAUACUUAUGAAAACGUAUCAUAUUGCUAUACAAAUGUGUCCAACAACUGUAUUUAGACAAGAGUCAGAUUGUGUGAUUCUAUGUGUGAAAAUAAAAUAAUAAAAAAAACAAAUAUAACAAAA